AAACAAUGUGAUAAUCUGUAGUCUGUAUCUGUCAAAGUUUCAAUGGCGGACGUCCUCGUAUUCUGAUCGCAACAAACAUAUUUAUCACGUUUUUAACCAACUUCAACGCUACAUGAAUAUAUAUUCCACCGUAAAGACAACAUAAACGGUGAACAAUGUCCACUGUGGUGUCGGACUGUUUCACAAUCGGCAGUAUAGUUGCGACUCGAACGUGUUACAAUGAAAAUAUCGAGGGAGAAGUUCUAGCUUUUGAUCCUCAAACUAAGAUGCUUAUACUCAAAUGUCCGUCUUCGAGCGGUAAUCCUAAGCGCCAUGACGUAAAUAUUGUGAAUCUAUCGUUGGUUAGUGAUGUCCAAAUCAAGAAAGAAGUGACCACGGCGCCUGAACCUCCACAAUCUCUCAACUUGCACAGAUUAAACACACGAGUCCGCAAUUCAAUAGAGAAUAAGAGAAGAUUAGUGUCAGCAUUAUCAGCAUGUUUGGAUCCAGAGGGGCAGCGGCUGUUCAUGGCGAUUGCACGAGUCAUCGACGAUGUGUCCUGGGCUGGGCAGAACAUCAGGGUCUACAAUGAAGUUAUAAUUACACCUCCUUACAAGGUACAUAACGUAUAA